UCCACAGUCUUCCCCAGAGCAGGACUACUCGAAGAACUCCUACAAACAACCAGGGGUUUGAAUUCAUGGCAGUCACAGCAAUUCAGCAAAAGUAGAAUAGUGAAAUUGCACAGUACAGGUUAGAAUUAACUAAAACAUCAGAGGGAACUGGAGUGCAUUGGAGUAACAGGCAAUGUUGCACUGUUAUUAACUCCAAAUUAUUACCAUAAAACUUGUAUUUGAUGCUUCUCUUAAGGCCCUUGUUUCAAGAGACAAGAGGUUGUAUGUGAAAAAUUUUAUUACAAAAAAGAUCUGUGAUUAUUUAAUAUGGGGGUAUAAAGUUUAUAAAGUAGUUUUCAUGACCUAGUGCACUGUAGAAAGAAAAUCACAGACAUAAAUCACAAAAGACUCUUUAUGCUUCAGAGACAGGAUCACGCUGAAAACAGCACUUAAAAAAAACCCACAAAACUUCAGACAUGAGUAGUGUUCACAGAAGGAGCAAACCCAGAGUAACGAUGCAGGUGAAUCAGCUUGGCGAGUUGCAGAUGCCCAGAGGUCUCUACAGAGGUGCAGAAUCUCCUGACAAAAGCACAGCAGCACACACAGACACGUGGACUCACUCUGCUGAGUACAAAGCAGCUGCUUUGUGCUCACUGCUUCAAGCCUUGCUCACCACUGUUCACAUUUCACUGCUUUCAACACAAACUAUGGCUUAUGUCAAAGUGCUUGCACUCGCUUUGCUCAUCAAGCAACCUAACAGCAAAGCUUUGCUGCAGCCCUGGCCUUCAGUGCCUCCACACCGACCUUGGCCCCGAGGGAGAGGCUGCUCAGGUGCAGUCACAGCUCUGUGCUUUACCGCGGCGCUGCACAAUUCCAGCUGCUCCUGGGAAGUCUCAGAAACUGAUGAAGUAUGACUUUGCCAUCCCAAAAAUGAGUAACGAUUACCCAGUGAAGUGGGACCUUUUCAUGUGAGACAGCCCCUUAACAAAACCAUUGCACAGAAGGUGUUGGAAGGGACCUUUAAGAUCUUGUUCCACUAGACCAGGUUGCUCCAAGCCCCAUCCAAUUUGCCCUCCAACACUGACAGGGUUGGGGCAUCCACAACUUCGCUGAGCAACGUGAGACAGUGCCUCACCACUCCUUCAAUAUAAAAUUUCUUCCUGAUAUCUAAUAUUCUCCUUUUUCGAUCUGUACUCAUUAUUCCUUUCCACUCCUAUCACUACAAUUCCUGGCGAAAGGUCCCUCUCUGGCUUCUUGGCAGGCCCCCUUCAGAUACCGGAGCACAGUUUUGGGGUCUAUAUGCAAAAUUCCCUUCUCCUCAACAGCCCCAGCUUCCUCAGCUUUCGUAGCUCAUGGGCUUUUUCGUGAGAUUCAGCUCUAGGAAUCGCUUACACGCUCGAACUCGCUCCCGGGGAGGCUCCAAGCCGCCCUAAGCCAGGGAGGAUCCCCAGGAAAGGCGUUUAAAAGCAGAUAAAAGCCCCACACAAGGCGCUGCCUCCCGCCACGCCGUUCUGACCACGCCGCGCCACCGCGCACUGCGCCUGCGCAGCCCUUCCCGCCUCACUCCCCACACAGCCAGCACUGCCCGUCCGCCGAUUCCUCCCCGGUACCGCCGCCACCCGGCCCUUCCCUGCCGGCGGCCCCUCACCGGUAACUCUCCGGUCCUCCCGGGAGGCGGCACCGCCGGCCCAGCCACAGCGCCCGCUGCCAGCCGCCAGCCCCGGCCCGCCGCGCCGCCAUGGCGCCCCGCGCCGCCCUCUGGGACAGCGGCUGGCACCACUCCUCCAGCGGGGGGGAACGCCGGUACCGCCCCUCGGCGGCGGUGGUACCGCCCGGCCCCGCCCCCCCCCCCCCCAGCCCGGGCCGCGUGGUGCUGCCCGUGGCGCGGCGCUUCCAGCGGGAGAGCGGGAGCCGCUGCCGGCCGGGAAAGAGUUGCUCGUUCGCCAUGAAGCCGCCCAAGGUGGUGCCGUGGCGGCGGCUGGUUGGGGUGUCCUUCGGGAUGUACACGGCCGAGGAGAUCAGGAAGCUGAGCGUGAAGGCCAUAACAAACCCCCAGUACCUGGACAAUGUGGGCAAUCCGGCUGUGAACGGGCUCUACGACCUGGCCUUGGGACCCCCGGACUCCAGAGAAGUGUGUGCCACCUGCAUGCAGAACUUCAGCAACUGCCCCGGACACUUCGGCCACAUAGAGCUGCCUCUGCCUGUCUACAACCCCCUGUUCUUCGAUAAAUUGUACCUUCUGAUCCGAGGAUCCUGUUUGAACUGCCACAUGCUGACAUGUCCUCGAGCUGUGGUUCACCUGCUGCUGAGCCAGCUGAAGGUGCUGCAGAAAGGGCUGCUCCAUGCUGUCCACGACCUCGAAAUCAUCCUGAACAGGUUUGUAGAGCAGUGUGCAGAUGCAACAGGCUCAGAAAUUGAGGAGGAGUUGAAUCGCCACGUGCAGGAAAUGUUACAAAGCUCUCAAACAAGAGAUCGCUGCUCAAAUGUCAAAAAUGUCUGUGAGUGUAGAAAUAAACUGAUAUCACAGUUCUGGAAAGCACACAUGGCUUCAAAGAAAUGCCCAAACUGCAAAUCCAGGAGAUCACUGGUGCGAAAGGAGCACAACAGCAAGCUGACAGUGACCUAUCCUUCUACAGUGUACCAUAAGUCAGGAGAGGAAGGCAUCCUGGAUGAAACAGCAGGUAUUGAUGAAAGCCAGUUAGGGAAGAGAGGAUACCUUACACCAAUGACUGCCAAGGAAUACGUCUUGGCUCUCUGGAAGAAUGAAGGUUUCUUUCUGCGUUAUCUCUUCCCUGGGAUGGAUCCCCAUGAGAGUUCAGGAUUCAGUCCAGACAUGUUUUUUUUAGAUCUACUUGUGGUUCCACCUUCAAGGUAUCGUCCUGUAAAUCGCCUUGGCGACCGCUUGUUCACCAACGGGCAGACUGUCAACUUGCAGGCUGUGAUGAAAGAUGCCCAACUGAUAAGGAAGCUCCUGGUUUUCAUGGCCAAAGAACAGUGUCAGCCAAUAAAAAUUACAGAAGAAAUUCAAACAGAGACAGGAGAGGAUAGUGAACCUCUGGACCGUUCCGUGCUGACAACAAUUCCAGGACAGAGCCUUGCAGAUAAGCUGUACAACGCCUGGAUACGUCUCCAGAGCCAUGUCAACAUUGUGUUUGAUAGUGACAUGGACAAGCUGAUGACAGAAAAAUACCCUGGUAUUCGUCAGCUGUUGGAGAAGAAGGAAGGGCUGUUCCGCAAGCACAUGAUGGGGAAGCGCGUGGAUUUUGCCGCUCGAUCCGUCAUCUGCCCCGACAUGUACAUUGGGACCAACGAGAUUGGCAUCCCCAUGGUAUUUGCCACCAAACUGACUUACCCUCAGCCAGUCACUCCCUGGAAUGUCAAAGAGCUGAGGCAGGCUGUCAUCAAUGGCCCCAAGGUGCACCCUGGGGCCUCCAUGGUCAUCAACGAGGACGGGUCUCGCACGGUGCUGAGCGCCACCAGCCUGACCCAGCGCGAGGCCAUUGCCAAGCAGCUCCUCACCCCCUCCUCAGGGGCACCCCAGACAGGGCUGAAGAUUGUGUGUCGGCACAUCAGGAACGGGGACGUGCUGCUGCUGAACCGGCAGCCCACGCUGCACAGACCGUCCAUCCAGGCUCACCGCGCCCGCAUCCUGCCCGGGGAGAAGGUGCUGAGGCUGCACUACGCCAACUGCAAGGCUUACAACGCUGACUUCGAUGGGGAUGAGAUGAAUGCCCAUUUCCCACAGAGUGAGCUGGGCAGAGCAGAGGCCUACACCUUAGCCAUCACUGAUAAACAGUACCUGGUGCCCAAGGAUGGGAAGCCACUUCCUGGCUUGAUCCAGGACCACAUGAUUUCUGGAGUCAGCAUGACAAUCCGGGGCUGCUUUUUCACCAGAGAGCAGUACAUGGAGCUUGUGUACCGAGGGCUGACAGACAAAAAAGGGAGAAUUAAAACCUUUCCUCCAGCUAUUAUGAAGCCACAGCGAUUAUGGACAGGAAAGCAGGUUGUUUCCACAUUAUUAAUAAACAUCAUUCCAGACAACCAUGCUCCACUGAAUUUGACUGGGAAAGCAAAAAUUGGUGGGAGAGCCUGGGUAAAGGGACCUGCAAAAGGAUGUCUGAAUCUUGAUUCAAUGUGUGAAUCUCAGGUUAUUAUCAGAGAUGGGGAGUUACUGUGUGGAGUUUUGGACAAAGCUCACUUUGGCAGCUCUGCCUACGGGCUGGUCCACUGCUGCUAUGAGAUCUACGGGGGUGAAACCAGUGGGAAAGUGCUGACGUGCCUGGGGCGCCUCUUCACUGCUUACCUGCAGCUGUACAGGGGAUUCACCAUGGGGAUUGAAGAUAUUUUGGUUAAACGUGAAGCAGACCACAAAAGAAAAAAAAUCAUUGAAAGGUCAAGGCAGAGUGGUAUUGAAGCUGUUAGAGCUGCUCUUAAUUUGCCAGAAACAGCAUCAUGUGAGGAGGUCCAAGGGAAGUGGCAGGAUGCCCAUCUCUGCAAAGACCAGAGGGAUUUUAACAUGGUUGAUAUGAAAUUCAAGGAAGAAGUAAACAAUUUCAACAAUGAAGUCAACAAGGUUUGCAUGCCCCUUGGCCUCCACAGGAGCUUUCCAGAGAACAAUUUGCAGCUGAUGGUCCAGUCAGGAGCCAAAGGAUCCACUGUAAACACAAUGCAGAUUUCUUGUUUGCUGGGCCAGAUUGAGCUGGAAGGCCGAAGACCCCCACUGAUGGCAUCUGGCAAAUCACUGCCGUGUUUCCAGCCUUAUGACUUUUCCCCUAGCUCAGGAGGAUUUGUGACUGGCAGAUUUCUCACUGGGAUCAGACCUUCUGAAUUCUUCUUUCACUGCAUGGCUGGCAGGGAAGGUCUUGUGGAUACAGCUGUCAAAACCAGCCGUUCUGGGUACCUGCAAAGGUGUAUCAUAAAACAUUUGGAAGGACUGGUAGUUCAGUAUGACCUGACUGUACGAGACAGUGAUGGCAGUGUGGUGCAGUUUCUGUAUGGAGAAGAUGGGCUUGAUAUCCCUAAAACUCAGUUCUUACAACCUGAGCAAUUUCCUUUCAUUGCAGAAAACUAUGAGGUAAUCCAGAAGACAAACCAUCUGGAUGAAGCUUUAGCAAGGAUGGAGUCUCACCAGGCUAACCAGCAGUUCAAAGCCAUCAAAAAGUGGCGAGCCAGACACCAAAACUCUGUGCAAAGAGAAGGAGGCUUUCUGUUGUUUUCCCAAAAGAAAUUGGCAAGUUUGAAAGCACAGCUUCCAGGAGGUGAAAUAAAGAAUGGAAGAGAUCCUGCUACUUUACAGUUGUUGAAGAUGUGGUAUGAGCUUGAUGAGAAGAAACAAAGGAAGUAUCUGAAGAAGACAAAUAAGUGUCCUGACCCAAGCCUCGGGGUUUGGCGUCCAGAUACUUACUUUGCAUCUGUGUCAGAAACAUUUGAAAAGGGAGUUGAAGGCUAUAUCAAUAAAUGGGAAUCUGAGAACAGCCGGAGUUACAUGCACCCAGCAUUUUCUUCUGACAGAUUGAAGGAUCUGUUGUAUUUAAAGUGGCAGCGUUCUCUCUGUGACCCAGGAGAAGCUGUGGGGCUUCUUGCUGCUCAGAGCAUUGGGGAACCUUCAACACAGAUGACUCUGAACACCUUUCACUUUGCUGGCAGAGGUGAAAUGAAUGUCACAUUGGGUAUUCCAAGGUUGAGGGAAAUCCUGAUGGUGGCCAGCUCAAACAUUAAAACACCAAUGAUGAGUGUUCCUGUGCUCAAUACCAAGAAAGCUCUCAAAAAGGUGAAACAGCUGAAGAAACUGCUCACAAGAGUGUGCUUGGCUGAGGUCUUGGAGAAAGUGGACAUUGAGGAAUCCCUGCAUGUGAAGCACAAGCUGAACAAGCAUCGCCUCUACAAAAUCAAAUUCCAUUUCUUGCCCCAUGAAUAUUACCGAGAGGAGAAGUGUGUGAAGCCCAGGCAGAUCUUGCACUUCAUGGAAACAAGGUUCUUUAAAGUUCUUCUGGAAGCAAUUAAAAGGAGGACUACAAAGAUGGCAUCUUUUAAUGAAGUCAGCACUCGGAAGACAACUCGGAAGGAUUUAGAUGAUGACCAAGACAAGACACUGAAUACUCUGGAAGGUGUAGCAGAGGAAGAAGAGAACAUUGUUGAUGCAGAAGCUGAUGAAGGGGAUGGUGAUGCUACAGAAACAAAACGGAGGAAGAACCAGGAAGAAGAGGUUGAUUAUGAGAGCGAAGAAGAGAAUGGGGAAGAAAACGUUACUGAGAAUCCAGAAGAUGAAGAGGCUGAAUCUGAAAAAGAAGAAGGGACUCCUGGUGCUGAAGAGGAUCAGAACAGAGCGGAGGGUGAAGAUUCUCAGCAUCUUUCCAUUGUGUCUCAGAGUAAAAAAGGGAAGGAUCAGUUGCUUCAGUCAGCAGAGGUGCGAGUGAGUGCUGUUGUGGAGAGCCACCCGUCCAUUCAGGAUUACACCUUUGACACCCAAAAUGAGCUUUGGUGUGAGGUUUCCUUGGCGCUGCCACUGACCAAGGUGUACUUUGACCUCUCCUCCCUGCUGGCAUCCCUGGCGCGCAGCACGGUGAUCCACGAGGUGAAGGGCAUCACACGCUGCCUGCUGAAUGAGAGUACCAGCAAGGAGGGAGAGAAGGAAUCUGUUCUGCAGACAGAAGGGAUAAACCUGGCAGAGCUCUUCAAAUACUCUGAUAUUUUGGACCUGAACAGACUUUAUUGCAAUGAUAUCCAUGCCAUGGCUAAGAAUUAUGGAAUUGAAUCAGCCCUGAGGGUGAUUAUAAAGGAAAUAAAAGAUGUAUUUGCUGUAUAUGGAAUUGUGGUCGACCCUCGACACCUUUCACUUGUGGCAGAUUACAUGUGUUUUGAAGGAAUUUACAAACCACUGAAUCGCAUUGGAAUUCAGUCCAACUCCUCCCCUCUGCAGCAGAUGACGUUUGAAACCAGCUACAAAUUCUUGAAGGAUGCUACAAUGAUGGGUGCCCACGAUGAGCUGCGAUCCCCUUCGGCCUGCCUGGUGGUUGGAAAGGUUGUCAAAGGAGGGACUGGCUUGUUUGACCUCAAGCAGCCCCUGACAUAGAGCUCUGGUGGUAACUUAAGGAUCUGGUUGAAAUGUUCAUCAUGGGAGGGGCACGAGCUGUGUCUCCAGAUGCCUUUCCUGUGCCAACAGGUUUCUUUAUCUGGAUACCCAAUGAGCCUUAUCUGUUAUAUGAGUAUAGGAGCUAUCUUUUGAUCCAAAGAAACACUUAUUUACAGCUCAUCAAUAUAAAAAAUGAGGUUAUUUGUUUACACAGAAAAUAAUAAAGUGCAGGAGUUGGUCUGAGCCUCAGACCGUGCAGCUGUUCUGGCAGGCAGAAGUGAAAGCAGAAUCUGUUUAUGCUGUCUGACUUCCAUGGGGCAGAAUCCCAUCAGGGUGGGUAGUGCCAGUUGCCACGUGGUCAAUGACAUGACAGAUUUCCAGUACUGGCAGUAGCAUUCCAGACUGGCAGGUGGAGCUGGGCACUGCUGUGCUGAACCUCCACACUGCACUGGAGCAUUGUGCUUGAGGCAUUUUCUCUCCUUUUGCUGCCCUUGGGUGCACUGACAUGAACUCGUAUAACCUUCAGAGGAUGCAUUUUCUUAUUCUGCUGCUUCAUUUAUUAAUGAAGAAUGUGUCUGGGACACACUUCUUACAUUUCUUUUAGCUGAAGAGUGGAAUUCAGAGUUUUCACAGUUUCUAUAGGCAUUUUCCAAUGCUCUUUUAACUUCUUUGGGUAGAAUAGAUCUCACACAGUGAGAGAUUUGAUUUUUGGGAAAGAUUUAUUCCUUAAAUGCCAACAUGAGCUCCUGUAGGAGUGACUAUGCGAAAGACUCCUGUAAGAAUUACCAAAACAGAGAUUGUAAACUAUUUUUUCUUAAAUAUUCUGUAUCAAAGAGGAUAUUUAAUAAAAGAAAUUGCAAAGAAGUAUUCUGAAUGCCAUAUUAUGGGGUUGUGUUACCAAGGGGAGUUCACUUUUGGCUCUGCUGACUGUUAAUACCAUGUGACCCAGGGCUGUUUGCCACUCCUCAGAAAUCAGACUGAUUUAUAUAUUCUAUUUUAAUCAGGAUGCACUGCACACAAGUAGCUAAAGCUCUCUGGAGUUUGCUCACUGCCAUCCAGACAAGUUUUCUAACAGAUCUCAGUGCCUGAUUAUUGUCACUGGUACCUCUGCCCCAGUGGGAGUGCCAGAGCAGAGGAAGGCCACUUCCGUGGGGGCUGCACUGGAGGGGAUCAGAUCAGAUAGUGGGACAUGUUGAUUUAGGAUUGUGAAAGAGCCUCUGUGGAGUCUCUUGACUGACUCCGUUCUGCCUCAGCCCCUUAGAGCUGUGUCACAUGUCCUGCCAAUUGCACUGAAGCUUAACAAAUGCGUUAACUCAGCAGGUGUCCAGUUUCACUUCGGAAAUCCCUGUGAAAGAUUUCCUUGUGUCUUUCUCCUGUCUUAGCACCUGCUUUGUAGUUGUCAAAAACAUCAUUCAGCAAAGAAUCACGAGAGACUCACUUGGGUACAGUUUAGCAAACUCGUGGGAAAGAACAACAUUGUACCAAAAGGCUUUUAAUUCCAGGUUACAUCUGUACUGGUACAGACUGUUUGUUGAGGGAUCCACAAAACACG